CUUCGUAGACACAUCCCUAUCUUGACUUCCUUCAACUCUUUGACGUGCAUGUACGAAGGAAAUUCGAGAUCAAAAGGCGACGGCGGAAGUCCAUUGAGGGAGAUUUUUGAAAAAAUUAGAGCAGUCAGGCCACACGACACUUAUGUUAGCUGUCUUAGCUCAUUAUCAUUUGAAAAGCUUGGUCAGUGAGCGAAAUUGAAUUCAUAAUUGCUGUCCUUAGUCCAUCAACCUACGCGUAAUAAUAAAACGACAUUCGUUUUUGAGGACAUGGAACUUCGUGGUUGAAAUCCGCAAGACUGAAAUCGAUCGCCAGACAUCGCUAGGAAGUCAUAGGAAGUCUUCAUUUUCCUGGCACACACAGGUAUGACCAGAUAUUUAAACAAAAUUUAUCUUGAUUCUCUAAAGAAUGGACUAGCUGAAAGUGUAAACAGUGCUUUGUGGUUAAAGGGGAAUAAAUUCGCCUCUGAAGUUCUACGCCAUUUGUUGUGCGUGUACUGACAAGAGGACCUUAGAGGGUUUCACUGUGGUAAGACCCCUUACUGAUUUCAGCUUCGGUCGAUCCCGGAUCAUCCAAAGGGCUAGUCAGUGGAAGUAAUAUGCUUUUAUAAUUUCUUAAUGUGGUCUUUAUUUACUUUCCCAACAACUUAGCUAUCGUGUUGGUUAGCUGUUCAGCUGAAUUAAGUAACCUGACAUUUUCUUAAUCGUUCUUUGAUAGCUCUCCGCAAGAAAAAAUACGUGCGCCUCUAGAGUAUCCAAACAGCUGUCUAAACACCGCACGGUUAUUUUUUCUUUCGAUUCCUUUCAUGUAAGGAUACUAAUUGUAGCGAUGUUAAAUCAAGCAGAGCUGAUAUUGUGUGGUUAUACAUAACGUAGUAUUUCUUCCAAUACCUUGAAGGUUGUGCAUUAAAGUCAAUCAAGUAUUAACCGACCUCAGAAAGAAAUCCGGGGUAUAGGUAUCAAAGCAAAGAACAUUCCGGCGUUGAAUUUCUAUUAAUAGAACAAUUGUUUUUAAGUGAAUGUGAGACUCAAAACACACGCAGUAUCAUCAAGGGAGAAUCAUUCUCAUUCUCUCUUGCUAUCAUCUUUUCUUUAUGGAUAUGAGGUCCUUUCGAUUAGACUAGAGUAUUCUAUAGAGUAUAAAGUUCGUGUGUGUCUUUUUAAAUAAACACUUGUCAUGACUUGACACGCCAAUCUUAUCGCUUACGUAUUAUAAUUAUUUUCGGGUCGGCAACAGGAAAGAAUGACAGACUUAGGAUCGCAUCAUACGUGGCUUGAAAUUCCAAGGUCGAGCUCAUAUUCACUCUCGUUUUAGGGGGUGGGGUGGAGAGGGCACUGCUUUUUUUGGGUCUAAACGACUAUGUUAUCAUUGUGUUACGGUUUUCAGUUACUUAUCGUCUUGCACAGGGUGUCUCUUCGGACCGGGCCUGGGUUGGUCAAAGAUGAGAGUAAGAAAAUCCAGGUUAAGUGCAAAAUUUGAAUUCAGAUAUGAAAGCUCAAAAAGCAAAUUAAAAUAACUCCUUUUUGUCUACAAUUUGAAGAUUGGAUGCACCAAAAAUAUUAGAGUAAAUUUUCGAGAAAAUGCUUUUAAAAAAAAGAACUUAAAGAAACCCGGAUUAAAAUUCAACCCCGGGUUAGCGCUAAUCGGCCAGGAAGACUUAAAAAGAGUGAGGAAGGUUCCCCAAACGUGGUAUAGUGGUUUUCUAAAUGCUUGUUUUAUUAGGUUCGCUAAAAAGCUAACGUGAAGCGCGAACACCUUGUAUUAUUCUUGGGCUGCAUUAUUGAAAGUCUGGAUCGAUUCGAUACCUUUAUAAUCCAACCAUAUUUUACGGCGAUAUGACAGCAAUUCAACUGACAAACUUGCGGUCGAUAGUACUCUUAUUUUUACUCCCCCUCCCCCCUCUCUCCUCUCUUUAUCAAUGCUUUGUUUGAAGAGUAUUUCAAGUUUUAGCUAAACCCGACACAGCAAAGUGAGGGGGUUGAAACAAGGGAGUAAUGCCACCAGGAUCGAGCUCGGGACCUCGCGCACCGAAGGCCGCGCACAUCCUUACUCCUCUCCUCUGAGGUGUGGACACAGGCCUCCCAAGCUCACGUUACGAGCGUGUUAUGUAAACUGACUUUCUCACAAGAGGAUGGUGUUGCGUUGCAAGCAACCGUUGAGAAAUAAAAUACUGAGGUCUGCGAACGCUAAAUAUCAUUAUUCUUACUUAUUUUUCUAUAAAAUAAAUAAAGGAGACUUACCUUUGAUGUUUUCCUGUGUUUUUGUUUGACCCCUGUCAAUCUGUUCAUAGUAAUGAAUUCACACCCAAAAACACAGGAAUGCAUCAAAGGUAAGUUUCCUUUAUUUAUUAUAUAGAAAAAAAAGUAAGAAUAAUGAUAUUUAGCCUUCGCAGACCUCAGUAUUUUAUUUCUCAUACAAAGUUUCAUCGGUUCCUUGUAACGAGACACCGACUCUCUUUUGAGAAAGUUAAUUUACAUAACCAGGUGCUGGCUCCUGACAUAACACACUCGUAACGUGAGCUUGGGAGACCUGUGGUGUACCGUGUCAUAUAUAUUUAGCCAUCGUUAAUUUUCGGGUGGAGAGAAGCGACGACCGGAAAUACGUCUGUGCCCACAGGCUAUGUCAUAUUCAAGUACUGGUUUCCUGAAAAUCGUGCAACGAAAUUGUAAGUAAGCGAAUCAAAAUGCAAUCUGAUUUGUGAAUUAAAACCUGCUCUAUUGCCAUUCGUUAGUCUAAUCAUAAAUGUAAUUCCUGGACUAAGAAGGUAUCUGGAGGGGAAUCAAAGGAGUUUUAGGGAGGGUAUUUUUGGACCUCGGGUCCAUGUUAAGUAUUAAAAAUACAAAUAGACGGGGAACGCAGGGUUUUGCAGAAAACUUCCCAACCGGUCAGUCCCCGAGAUCUCUAUGUUCAUGGUCAACCCACAGUGGGAAAUGCAAACAUGCUGCGGGCGGAAUUAAGCUCUAACCCACUUAGAAUGUAAUAAAAUAAUUUAAAAAAUGCUAAUUUACUUUUUUAAAUUUAACAUUUUAUAGAUCCUUGACGAGGAAAUUACAAUCAGCUCUAAUGCAGCUUCAAGCGCCUUUCUUGAGCUCUGCAAUCAACAUGGUGAUCGUUAAGGAAUGCGCCUCUGUGUUUCAGUUCGCCCUCUUUUUCGCUUUGAUGGUGUUCACCUGUGAAGCAAACAGCCACUCGUCGUCAGAUGCUCCAAUGCAACAAUAUGGAUCACUUUCUAGAUUGGCACAUAACGCGCUUCACUCCUCAGAGUCUGGUGUGGCUAGAAUUGAUGGUGAUGUCUUUCUAGGCGGACUGUUUCCCGUUCACGCUAAAGGAAAUGGCUCGGCAUUCUGUGUCGAGAUCAACGAACAAGUUGGAAUUCAUCGGGUUGAGGCAAUGCUCUACGCCGUUGACCAGGUAUGUGAUUUUUUUUUUAGUUGAUUACUGAAAUAAGAUGUAACACGCUAUUGUAAAAUUCAAAUGCCCUUGGAAAGAAGCGCCGAAAAAUAAACUGAAGUUACUCGCUAUAAAAGAGGUACUUCAAACACCAAUACUUUUCGUUUUAAAGUUGCCACUUAAAAAAGGAUAUCAAAAAGGGUGGUCUGCGCAUCAUAAAUACAUGAAUUUUUGUCUUUCUUUGUUUAUCUCUAGAAAACAUUCUCACGAUAAACACAAAAACCUACUCACACGUCAUUUCAUUGCCGAUGCUUAAAGAUCAAGCAAUCACCACUGGAUUUUUUUUUAACAAGCUAGGCUGUAUAUAUUUUUUCUUCAAAAGCGGUUGACUACCUUUUGGUUGAACGUAUUUUUUCCCCACCACUCAUUAAGCUUUGUGCACACGCAGACCUUUUAAUUAGAAAUCGUCUUUUUAAAACUGGUUCUGAAAUGAAUCUUUAUUUGGUCUGUUCGGCCUCUUAUUAGCGAAAACCACUUGAGGAAAAAAACAACAAUUUCAACGCAACAUCUUUCUCCAGAGCUUAUGUGAAGAAGAAAAAAUUUUUAUUGCCGAGUUUUAUUUUUACAGACGACAUCUGCAAUUGAGCAGAUUUGAAUGAGCAGAUUUGCAUUUGUAAACUAUAAGAACUAAAGUUUAUUAAGGCUAUUUUUGAAGUUUGAUUGUCAGAUCUUUAUCAAAAACAACACUUUUUCGUUUUCCACAAUCCGUUUAUCGUUUCAGUCUUAAUUAUAUUGCAGGAAACAUUUAAACAACCUGACUAGCUUGUCUCCGUUUCCCUCGCAGAAAUUUCCAGUCAUCAAAUAAUUUAAAGUGCACGAUUUAUGCUAUUAGUGUACUGUUCAGCGAAUUGUCUUUUUUCAAAUUGGUUUUCUCGCCAUUCAUUGUCGUCAUCAUUGCACAGUGGGUCGUUUAAUUUCGCUGUUAUGACGUCACAGCAGGUGUAUUUAAUCUUCCUUCGAUUUUGCCUGUCAAUUUUUUUUGUUCGGAGAGCGAAUGAAAUAAAGAGCUAUACAUGUCGGCUUUUUUUAUAACAGACAACUUUUGAUUUUUUUUAACCGAAUUGAUAUAAUAAUACGAUAGGUUUUGGCAGGUCGCACAUCAACUGUGCGAGGGAAUUAAUAAACGGACGGCAGUUUUAAAAACAAGUGCAAAUCAAUGGUUUGGUAAGAGAAUCUCAUUUGGGGUGAAUUUCCUCGUCGUGUAAUUUUUACGAGCCUACACGCGCAAAUAAAAUAGAGGGGAUUUACGAAAAGCGGCGCCUAAACUUAGGUUAAGCGAGGUUUCAGCUUUUACGUUUACGGGUAACCUUCUGUACAUUGCCUCUAUUUUCAGCUCAAGGGCGCAAAAUUAACAUGCGUACGCACGUGAAGAUUAAGGAGGAUUGUAAAUACUCCUUCAAAUCCUCCCUCACACCUUACUAGUUAACAUAGCAAAGAAAAUGAGAUUAGAUGAAGUGAAAAGAGUCACUGAAGAACACUAGCUAGAGUGACCAACUACUUAAGUGGGGGCAGGGGGGGGGAGCGGGGCGAGGUUUAUGUUUUCGAUAACUUUAAGUUAAACCUCACUUGAAAAACUGUUUUGAGUGCUUAGUAAGUAGAUAAAGCUGUCCUUUUUUGAAGAAACAGCGGGGUAGCCAGCCCACAGAUAUGUAAUCCCGGGCCUACAAAUUUUUGGUUUGAUUAGUCUACCACUUGUAAUAAAUUAUGCGUUGUUGGGGUGAGCUAAAAAGCUUAUGAGCUCAAAGUGUUGGUGAGGUUAGUGCGUACUAGCCGUGCGUGCAAUUAAUUUUCAGGAUAUGUGGAAAUGAAAGUCAGCCAGGCCUACAACUAGUCGAAAAGCUGGAUACGCCACUGAGAAAUGUAAACUUAAGUUCAAAAAAGUAAAUAAAUGAGCGCUGAUUUCCUAUAUUCCUUUACGAGUGCGUAGUGAUUGUUGAUGAUGUUUUGAAAUUACCAAUAUUGUUUGGCUAAGUACUAGUCACUCUAUAUUGCUAUCUUUCUAUAGAGCUAAAACGUUUUUCGCAUCAACUGAAUUCCAAAAAUAAUGAUCCAGUUCUGUUAUUGAAGACUAUAUUUGGGCAUUGAAACUGUUUCAUGUCAUCUGUUGCAACGGCUGGCAAGGAUGGACAUGGAUUGAAACUUGAAAAAGUUGGGUCAUGUUUUUAGGUUUUCGACCUAUGACUGCAAAAAAUUACCACACAAUAUGAUGACUGGUGUUCCCUGAUGAAAUUUCUUUGAUAUCAUCGUCAUAACUCAACAGGAGCGUUUUGUGUAUGGGUAAAGACGCUGAGCGAUGAAUUCAGCACAGAAUUGACACAUCCAUGUGACAUAACCCCUUAAAGCCUGGUUUUCAUAUGCCGCCGGUAGCGCUUGGGCUACUUCUCAGACGAAUGAGAACAUGCGCCGCCCGAGAGCCAUCGCAGAGCUUUUACCGCCGGCAUGCCUGCGAAGUUGAUCUCGAGUCAACAUCGCCGAUAUUACGGCUGUAAGGACUAGGAUGACCAAUGUUGCCGACCACUUCUGUCCACGUAUUGGAACAGCAUCCCAAGCAGUUUCGGCAGCCAUGUCGCAGGUGUAUCAGCGGCAUAAGAGAAACAGGCUUUUUUUACAGCUGGCCUUUAAGUUCAGUCAGUCAUAUUUUCAGGUUUUUAGAUCGAAUGCAACCUUCUUUGUAUGUAUUAACUUCGCUAUUUGCUUUUAGCCUACUGCUCUCCUCUCAAUUAAUGCUUUGUUUGCUUCUCGAUGUAUGUGAUUUUUUUGGUUUGUUUUUUGUUUUGCUUUUUUUCUGCGUGUGUGGUUUUUCUUUGUUUUGUCACUUUUUACUUGUAUUUAAUUUGUUGUUUGUUAAAAUAAAAAAAAUCAAAGAUAAAAAAAAAUUUCUUUUCCGCUAGGUGAAUAACAACAGCCAUCUCCUUCCAAACAUCACUCUGGGAGUAGAAAUUCGAGAUGACUGUGGAACAGUGAACACAGCUUUGGAACAAUGUUUGAACUUCUUUGUGGGUACUCUGGCAAAUAACGAACAAAUAUGCAGCUUGUCAGAUAGCUCCUUCAGGGUGCAAAGAAGGGCUGUCCUGGGAGGGGUAGUUGGGCCAUCCUUCAGCACCACAACCAUUCAGGUCAGUAUGACAUGUAUGUUGGCAGACUCUAUGUACUCUAAGAAAAGGACGUUAAAACUCUUGUUGUAAACUUCUUGAUUUAAAUUGAGAUAUGCCUUGGCUGUGGAUGAAACUCUAUGACGUGACCUUUCAAAUGAAAACUAGCAGUACUUUCACAUGGUCCUAUUUAUUUAGUAUGUAGCUCAAACUUUUGAGUCUGUGGAUGAAAUCCUAUGGUGUUACCAUUCAAAUGAAACCUCUUCAGCAGUACUUUCACAUGAUACCAUUUAUUUAGUGUGUAGUUCAAACUUUUGAGUCUGUGGAUGAAAUCCUAUGGUGUUACCAUUCAAAUGAAACCUCUUCAGCAGUACUUUCAUAUGGUUCUAUUUAUUUAGUAUGUAGUUCAAACUUUUGAGUCUGUGGAUGAAAUCCUCUGGUGUUACCAUUCAAAUGAAACCUCUUCAGCAGUACUUUCACAUGGUACCAUUUAUUUAGUGUGUAGUUCAAACUUUUGAGUCUGUGGAUGAAAUCCUAUGGUGUUACCAUUCAAAUGAAACCUCUUCAGCAGUACUUUCAUAUGGUUCUAUUUAUUUAGUAUGUAGUUCAAACUUUUGAGUCUGUGGAUGAAAUCCUCUGGUGUUACCAUUCAAAUGAAACCUCUUCAGCAGUACUUUCACAUGGUACCAUUUAUUUAGUGUGUAGUUCAAACUUUUGAGUCUGUGGAUGAAAUCCUCUGGUGUUACCAUUCAAAUGAAACCUCUUCAGCAGUACUUUCACAUGGUACCAUUUAUUUAGUGUGUAGUUCAAACUUUUGAGUCUGUGGAUGAAAUCCUAUGGUGUUACCAUUCAAAUGAAACCUCUUCAGCAGUACUUUCAUAUGGUUCUAUUUAUUUAGUAUGUAGUUCAAACUUUUGAGUCUGUGGAUGAAAUCCUCUGGUGUUACCAUUCAAAUGAAAUCUCUUCAGCAGUACUUUCACGUGGUACUAUGCAUUUAGUAUGCAGUUCUAACUUUACAAUUUAAUUUGUGGAUGAAAUCUCAUGGUGUUACCAUUCAAAUGAAACCUCUUCAGCAAUACUUUCACAUGGUACUAUUUAUUUAGUAUGUAGUUCUAACUUUUCAAUUUGUGGAUGAAAUCCCAUGGUGUUACCAUUCAAAUGAAACGUCUUCAGCAGUACUUUACUAAUGGUACUAUUUAUCUAACUAUAGUUCUAACUAAAUUUUGAGUCUGUCGAUGAAAUCCUGUGGCGUGACUGUUCUAAUGAAACUUUUCGGAAACAUCCCAUAUUACAGUUAUAGAUGGAAACGAUGUAGGAGUUGACCUUGUUUUGACACAACCCUCCCUGUUUCCUUAUGCACAUGUAUGCUAACCAGUAUUUUUCAAAAAUGCUUUCUAUACAUAAAAAAAAACAUAGUAGGUUUGUACCAAAACAAGGUCAGCCUCACAUUUGAUUUCACAUUCACUCGAAGGCUAGGGUAGUAAGCUGACGACAGUGAAAAGGUCUGUUAUUUUGCUUGGUAUCAUUUUGCAGUCAUUUGACUUUUGUUCAUGGCCACUAUUACGGCAGUGAAAAUCUUACUCUGGGAACAGAAGAACGGUGUUAGAAAGGCACCCAGAGUUCUAAUGACGUCAUUGUUAAGUUUGGCUGUGUAAAAUAAUAUUUUUGUUUUUUGGCAGAGGAUUUACGGAAAGAAAUCUUAAGAGCCUCCCCCACAAUUUUCCUUAUUUUCUAGGUUGCUACUCUCCUCCGUCUCUUCGACGUUCCACAAGUUAGCUAUGCUGCAACAAGCGCCGAAUUAAGUGACAAAGACAGAUUUGAGUACUUUGUUCGCACGGUUCCACCAGAUUCUUUUCAAGCCCGUGCCAUGGUAGACAUCAUCCGUCAUAUGAACUGGACAGCGGUUUUCGCAGUUUAUUCACGUGGUAGCUACGGUGAACAGGGUAUGUUGAUUUUUCAGGAGUUUUGUGAGCAGCUUAACGUGUGCAUUGCCGACCAUCGUCUUCUGGAACCAGACUUCACCGAGGCAGAAUACGAUAAGUUGAUAGAGAGAUUUCGUAAGGAAGAAGGCACUCGAGUUGUGGUGAUGUUUUGUAAUUCCGAAGAUCUGCGUUCAAUGCUUCAAGCUGCCAAAAGAGCGGAAAACCGAGGCAUCAAAAACCCUUUUUUGUGGUUGGCGAGCGAUUUUUGGGGGACAAGACUUGGUCACGUGGAAGGCUUAGAAGACAUUGCGGAUGGUGCAAUCACUAUUGAGAUUCAAACGUUCGAUAGACAGUUAAAACCAUUCUAUGAUUAUUUUUCGAAACUAAACCCACUAAAUAACUCGCGAAACCCUUGGUUUAAAGAGUACUGGGAGAAGCGUUUCGAUUGCAAAUUUGGAAACGAAUCGUCUCCGUCUUAUCGCUGCAACGACUCAGAAAACCAGUCUUCAGUCCUUCAGAGGUUUGACGCUAAGGUGCCGUUUGUCAUUGAUGCGGUUUUAUCGUUUGCUCAUGCGCUCCACAAUCUUCACAGAAACGUCUGUGGAGAAGCCCCUGGUGUUUGUCCCGAAAUGAAAAAACUGGAUCGCACGGCGCUGCUGUGGUACCUUCGGAAUGUUCCUUUUAAUGGAACAACGGGGCUGGUAAAGUUUGAUGUUAAUGGUGACAGUGCUGGAAAGUACGACAUUUACGUUUACAGAAACGCGCGUAAAAAUUCUUACGAAAGGUUAGGCAGCUGGAUUGAAGGAAAGCUGACGUUUGACCCCAAUGGUACUUUGCAGGGGAAAGAUUACAUUGAAUCGCAAUGCGGUAAGCCUUGCGGUCCACAAGCUAUAAAGCGCAUACGCGAUACACGCUGUUGUUGGACAUGUGAAAAGUGUGACGAUGACUCGUACGUAGCCAACGAGUUCACGUGUCAGACAUGUGUCCAAGGCAUGCACCCUAAUGCCACUUUUAAUGGCUGUGAACCACUAAACAGAGAACACCUCCGUAGUGUGUGGAUCGCAAUCGUCAUCUCUCUUGCGUCGCUUGGCAUCAUUGCCACUUCCCUGGUAUGCGGAGUUUUCAUUAAAUUCGCUGACACGCCACUCAUAAAAGCUUCGGGGCAUGAGCUCUCGAUUGUACUCUUCAUGGGAUUGUUUUUAUGCUACAGUUUCGCGUUUGUCAUGGUCUCCUAUCCAAGUAAAGUCGUGUGCGCGAUUCAAAGACUUGGAAUGGGACUUUGUUUUAGUGUUUGCUAUGCUUCCCUGCUCGUCCGCACCAACAGAAUCGCGCGAAUAUUCAGCGGUGUGAAAACUCCAUCUUUUAUCAGUCCGAGGUCUCAGCUUUUCAUAACCGCAGUAAUAAUUGCACCACAGCUCGCCAUGAUUAUAACAGGUCUCUUAAUCCGUCCUCCUGGUCCCGUAUCUUCUUUCAAGUACAAGGACUUCGUACUUGUCAAGUGCAAUAUACACACUGUUGGUGUGGUGGCUUUAUUUGGAUACAACUCCGUUUUAAUUGUGCUAUGCACGUUUUAUGCAUUUAGAACUCGAAAGACGCCGUUGAAUUUUAACGAGGCAAAGUUCAUCGGUUUCUGUAUGUACACAACCUGCGUCAUAUGGAUUGCUUUCGUGCCUGUUUAUUAUGGAAUCGGUGGAGGGUUUGAAGCAGUAGCCCUCGCCUUUAGUGCUGUAAUUAGCGCAACUACUAUUUUGAUAUUUAUUUUCAUGCCUAAAGUGUACAUUGUGGUAUUUAAACCUGAAAAGAACAUAAGAAGCAACUCCAGGCUCAGGUCGAGGACAAAAUCUUUGGACUUUAAUAUAUCCUUCAGCAUUGAGGAUUGUAACGGUGAGUCACGCGAUUUU